GUCUGCUGUCUGCAUACCUAUGCUUCACUCCCCAACGUGAUCUCUGACAUCCUCUCUAUUACUAUUCACACUUGAAGUCAGGAGCUCUGAGCUCACACAGUUAAUUAAGAGAGAGAGAGAGAGAGAGUUGAAAUGGGUGUGGGUUGGUAUUUCACGUUGACACUACUAGCCGUUACUACGGCUGUCGUUAAUGGGUGCCCGCCGUCGGACCGGGCGGCACUGCUGGCCUUCAAGGCAGCUCUCCACGAGCCCUACUUGGGCAUUUUCAACUCGUGGACCGGCACCGACUGUUGCCACAACUGGUAUGGCGUCAGCUGUGACCCGGAGACCCGCCGGGUCGCCGACAUCACCCUUCGUGGAGAGUCCGAGGACCCCAUCUUCGAGCGGGCCCACCGAACCGGUUACAUGACGGGCUACAUCUCCCCCUCCAUCUGCAGGCUCACGCGCCUCUCCUCCAUUAUCAUUGCCGAUUGGAAGGGAAUCUCCGGCGACAUCCCACGGUGCAUCACCCACCUUCCUUUUCUCCGAAUCGUGGAUCUCAUUGGAAAUCGGAUCUCUGGCGUGAUCCCGGUCGAUAUCGGUCGACUCCAACGGCUCACAGUUCUCAACGUCGCCGAUAAUCUCAUCUCGGGGAGAAUCCCGCCUUCCAUCACGAACCUCACGAGUUUGAUGCACCUCGAUCUCAGGAACAAUCGACUCUCCGGCGAGCUUCCCGGAGAUUUCCAUAGACUCGGGAUGCUAAGCCGGGCUCUGCUGAGUCGCAAUCAGCUCACUGGCCCAAUCCCGGGUGCGAUUUCCCGGAUAUACCGGCUCGCCGAUCUGGAUCUUUCUCUGAAUCGGAUCUCAGGUACAAUCCCGGAAUCACUCGGUAGAAUGGCGGUUCUGGCGACGUUAAAUUUGGAUUUCAACAAAAUAUCGGGUAACAUACCACCUAGCUUGUUUACCUCCGGUAUCAGCAACUUAAACCUGAGCCGAAACGCAUUUGAGGGCACGAUACCGGAUGUAUUCGGCCCGAGAUCAUACUUCACUGUGCUCGACUUAUCGUACAAUAAUCUUCGGGGUUCGAUACCAAAAUCGGUAGCUUCGGCUUCGUAUAUCGGACAUAUGGAUUUGAGUCACAACCACCUGUGUGGGAGAAUACCGGCCGGCUCGCCGUUUGAUCAUCUGGAAGCAUCGUCGUUCGUUUACAAUGAUUGUCUCUGUGGGAAGCCGCUAAAAGCCUGCUAGACUAACACAUUCCGGCCGGUAG